AUGGGUGACUCCGACGAGGACAAGAGCUCGGGCAUCCCGUCCUGGCAGAAGCGCGAUCAGUCCGAACAACCAUCAUCAGAAUCAUCAUCUGCUGCCCAAGACCCCUCCUCAGACUCCUCCCCCAUCGAGGUCGCACGACGCUUCCUCCAAGAUGACGAGAUCAAAGACGCCUCGCGCGAACGAAAGCUCGAGUUUCUCAAAACAAAAGGCCUUGAGGAGGCCGACAUUGAAAAGCUCCUAGGCCCAGCCGACACCACAACUACGGCCGCGACACCAGCGCCAGACCAAGAACCUCCACAACCCGCCGAAACACCAGCAGCACCAACACCACAAGCCUCCGCGGCGCCACAGAGCAGCAUCGCCCAAGACUUCCACGACGAAAACGACACCGGCAGCGAGGCCGAGGACCCGACCGAGCUCUUCACCGCGACGUCGGCGUCCAGACCUCGCUGCCCUCGACCCCCGGCGGGCCCCUCGACGCGAGCGCCGCUGCCGCCGCCCCCACGCCUGCCGCCGCACCCCGAAGCCCACGCCCGCCGCCUCGCCGACCUGACGGCCUCACUGCGCGGCCUCAAGGACGCCUACGUCACGCAGAGCGAGGAACUCGCCGACGUCAAGACGGCCAUGGACCUCCUCAAGGACGACCUCGGCCAGCUGACGUUCCCGAGCGCCCAGCAGCAGAGCGACUUUGUCGGCGGCUUCUCGCUGUACGGGUCGUCGGCGGGGCGCAAGGAGCCCGAGGACGAGAUCAAGAAGGCCAAGGACAACAUUCGGCGCGUCAAGGGCGUCAUGCUGAGCACGCGCAAUUUCCCUACGUCGUCGAGGUGA